CGGACUGACAACUCAUGGGGCCCCCGGGCAAUAGGGGAUCAUGGGGCCCCUGUGUCCUUGCCCAAACUCAAAAAAGCCUAUGAAAAAGGUACCAGGGGCAUCUCAUGGGGCCCCCUACUGACCCCCGGCUCUCGGGCAGUGUCCGAGUUUCCAAAUGGUCAGUCCGCCCCUGGUUACAACUGCUACAUUUCCACUGCUGAUUACUCAGUAAUGAUAGAAUUUAAAGCCAGGGGCACAUUUUUGACACAUUUUUAGGUGCGUUUUACACAUUUUUUUAGGGACACUUCCAUGGAAC